UCCGCACUAUCCAAAGUCCGCAUUUCACAUGCUUAUGCAGCUUAUUGAAACUGUAGCCAGCGACCUAAACUGCCAAAACUCCUUCCAUAGUUGAAAGUUGAAACCCUUCACCCAUCUACUCGCUCAAAGCAAAACAUGUUAGGCUUUAUGGAACCUAGUUUUGUUUGAUCCUAUUGACGACCUGAUCCGACCCGAAUAAUGUUGCGCGAUUUUUAAUGUUGGGAAUUUGGGUCAAUUCACUGCAAAACACACACGGAAUCGGAAGCAGAUUGAAGCUAGCAUAUAUGAUUAUAUGAAUAUGAGUGGGCAGAGACGUAGAAUUGAAAGAGCAGAGAGUUGCCUAUCUUCUGUUCGACAAAAGUCCCUAACGAACACUGAUGCUGACAUUAUCAGCACACUACCCGACUUUCUCCUCAGCCAUAUCCUCUCCUUGCUCCCAACCAAAGACGCUGUCAUCACAAGCACUUUGUCGAGUAGGUGGAGGCCUGUCUGGACUCUCGUCCCACUUCUUGACUUGGACGAGGACCAACUUUUUAGAACACAAAAUCAAACUUUUAGAUUCCCGGAAAUAGUUUCCAGGAUCUUUAUUCUUCGCAAUACAGUUCUCAAUCCCACACCCAUACACAAGUUGCGCAUCCGUUGUUUCAACAAUUGUGUUCCGCUCCACAUAGACACAUGGGUCCGUGCCACCUUUCGGCAUCGUGUGCAAGAGCUCGAUCUCUCCAUAUGUACUGAUCCUAAUGAACCUUUGGAGUUGCCCCGUAGUGUCUACUUUUGUUCAACAUUAGUGGUUCUCAAAUUGGAGGGUAACUUUAACAUUCUUAUCAAUCCUCCUUCUGCUUGUGAGUUCCCAAGUCUAAGGAUUCUAGAACUUAGAAAUGUUAAGUUUGCAAACUCUGACUCUCUCUCCACCCUCCUCAAUGCCUGCACUGUCCUCCAAGAUUUGACCCUCAAUGCAAAUUUCACAAAUUUGGACAAUUUCAAUCUAAUUGUACUCAUAGACACGCUGAAAACAUUAGAUUUACGUGUUGAGUCUUCGUCCUACAAAGUCCACAUAAACACCCCAGCUCUCGAGUACUUUUCUUUCAGUGGUCCUUUGGGCGAGGAUGUUGUGUUGGAAAACCUUCCCAACCUGGAUGAUACACUAAUUGACAUUGACGUACAACAUGGUGUGAGCAUUCAAGAUUAUGCAAAGAGGGUACGGGACUUCAUGAGACCACUUUCUAACAUUGUAGACAUGGAACUAUGCAUAGAAGUUGUAGAGAUCCUUUACAAUGCUUCUAGUCAUGAUGAUAUUCCCAUGUUUCAUAAUUUGAAUUCCUUGAGCCUUUUUGGUUUUCAUUAUUUUGAGUGGCGUGUAGUACAAGUCUUGCUUCAUCGGACUCCAAAGCUUCAAGUACUUGUCUUUGAUUUGAGUGCUGAUCGUAGUAGAUCUGCAAUUGAUGGUUGCUUACAGAAGCUGCAAGAUGUUCCUGAAUGUUUGUCAUCACACCUUACAGCCUGUCAUUAUAGAGAACUUUCAGGGAAUGAGAUUGAGAUGGAACUUGUUAGACAGAUCUUGAAGGCCGCAAGAGUGUUAAAGACUAUGAGGAUAUCUGUUGAAGAUACUCUAGACUCAGAGGUGAAGCUCCGAGUUUGUGAGGAAAUAAGCAAAUACCAAAGGAGCUCUCAUUUUUGUCAAAUUGCAUUUGACUAAGGAUAUUUCAUUUUUUACUCUCUCUCUCUCUCUUUUAUUGGCAAGACGCAACAACUUUAUGGUAAUGCCCAUUGUUCUUUGCAUCUUUCAUUUGAUUUUAAUGGAUUCAAGAUUAGAAAUA